AUGCCUUUUCUUGGUACUGAACGACCAGAUCCAGCAGACGUCGACCACGCUGCCACCAAAGCUCUCAAGAAGGCGCUGAAGAUGGCCGACCACGCCGAGCAAAUGAACGUAGAGCAGAGUACGGGAGACUCUUCGCGCGCGCCAGGUCCAAAGUUGACAAUCGCGCAAUGCCYAUCGCGGUUGACUCCUUUCGUCCCGCCACCCAACUACGGCACCGUCGAGAAAGGAACGCUGUUUCGAAGCGGCUUUCCACAGGCAAAGCAUCUCGACUUCAUGAAGUUGCUAAACAUCCGCUCACUUCUUUCGCUGGUCGACACAGAACCAAGCAAGGAGCUUCAGGAAUUCCUAGAUUUGCAAGGGGUUCAACGCAAUCACCUCAGCAUUGCAGCGAACAAAGAAGGCGGACAGAUGGAUCUCAAGACCAUUUGCGAUGCGAUCAUCUUUGCGAAGGAGCCCGACAACCAGCCAGUGCACAUCCACUGUAAUCAAGGCAAACAUCGCACUGGUUGUGUCGUGGCGUGCCUGCGCAAGUAUCAAGGCCGACCCAUCGACGAGAUCUUGACAGAAUACAAGGCCUAUGCCUAUCCCAAGGAACGACCCGGCGACAUCGAGUUCAUCAAGGCCUUCAACCCAAAAAUGGUCGAUGCGUAUGCCAAGUGCUACGCGCACCAUGGCGUGUCCCCGAAAAACUUCCGUGUGGACUCGGCAGUCGACAUCUUGGCGUUCUCAUCCUCCAUCUCCGACGACCUCACACCGCCUGCUCUCUCAGGGUCACCCAUGUCGUCAAGCUAUGGCUCAGGCUCCGACAUUACGCUCAGUUCUCCGCUAUCACCUUCGGUAGAGAAUUUUGUGACCCCGUGGACGCGUGUCAGAGAUUUUGGCGCUCCUUCCGGGUACAACAUCAAGCACGACAACGAGGCGGGAAUCUGCUCGGCAGAGAUUGCGACUCCAACAAAAAUCAGUUGCUUCGACCUAUGCGACGGCGACUCUGACUGGGAAGAGUCCGAGACCGUGGCCAUUUCUGCAACUGCGACAAGUCCACCAAUCGCUGUCGCCACUCGGUCGAGCUUCUCAUCAUAG